AUGGAUACGGAUAUGGAUAAAGAAAACGAGGACCCUCAAUUUGAGGCUGCCCUUAGCUCGUUGAUCUCAGAAGCUCGUUCGACGUCCUUUACGAACAAAAAAGAUCGUGGCAAGCGUUCCGGUGGACAGGAGGUACAUCCUCCUGCGGUUAAGACUUUUACCGGAUCAGUUAUCACACUGACAGAUAAUAUUCGCAACAAUCGUUAUUCGGAUGGUAAUGCCGGACCCUUCGACGUCCACGUUCAACGAAAGUCGGACCCGGGGGCCCCGCUCCAUCCAAUUUCCGUAGGAAGAAUCAUCUGCGGUCUUAACAUUCAAGAUAUUCUCGAGAUCAAAAGAAUAGGACUGUCCAAAGUGUUAGUUUUCUUCAAAUCCGGGAGUGCAGCCAACUCCCUAGUACAAGAUCAGAGGCUUGCUGCCAAAAACCUAGAAGCCUUUAUUCCUCCUUUCCGUACCUCACGGAAGGCUAUUAUCAAGGACGUACCCUUACAUCUUACGGAUCAGAUGAUUCUUGACAUCAUCAGUAGCCCCAUUAAAGUGGUGGCAGUCAACAGACUGAAUCGUAGGAUUUCAAGACCCUUUGUCAACAAUUCUCAAGAACAUGUUAACUCAUCCAGUAAUUACACUCCUUCUCUCACUGUGUUGCUUACCUUUGAGGGCCAGAAGAUCCCCAAACACGUUACGAUGUUCCAUGUUAGAUAUCCUGUCUCACCAUACAUUUCAAAAGUCUCACGAUGCAACCAAUGUUUUAGAUUCGGUCAUAUAAAAAUCAACUGCAAGGGCCAACCACGCUGUGUACACUGUGGAGAAAAAGGACAUAUUUUCUCAAAGGAGAGUUGUCAGCUAUCAGAGGCUCCUCCCAAGUGUGCGAAUUGCCAAGGAUGUCACAGAGCUGAUUCGCCUACUUGCCCAGAAUUCACCAUCCAAAAGGAAAUUAGAAAAUUCGCUGCCUACAGGAACGUUUUACUGUUGGAUGCCAGAGAGAUCUUCAAAGCACAUUCAUAUAACUACAUCAUCUAUGCCAUUAAACAAAAACUACAUCAGAUCAAAACUGCCGGCUUUGAGAUCACCAUCGUUUGGAUCCCGGCACAUAUGGGCAUUCUAGGAAACGAAACAGCAGACUAUCUGGCGAAAAAAGCCAUCAUCAAAGGUCAGUUGUCCCCAAAACAGCUUCCUCACUCUGACUUUUACUCCAUUCCUCGGAGGAAAUACAUAGAAGACUCAAGCAAAUUUCUAAAAUUUCAAGCUAGACAAAAAGGAGCCAAGUACUUUAAUUCAUUCGAAGAAAUCAUCCUUAAACCCUGGUUCCACAAGCUUAAACUUAACCGAGAGAGCAUCGUUACUUGCUGCAGAAUUAGAUCUGAUCACUACGCUCUUAACCACAGCCUACACCGAUGCAAUUUAGUUGCAGAUCCCUCUUGUCCGUGCGGCGCACCGAGACAAGACGUGGACCACGUUUUUUGGGGUUGCCCUCGCUUCAAUGGACCAAGGACAACGCUCUUAUCUCAAUUAUGGAAAUACGGAAAAAUUCCAGCACUCAAGACGCAAGAAAUUCUUAAAAACCCCUCCUCUGGGGUCAUUCACGCUGUCCAUGCCUUCCUCAAAUCCUCCAAUCUAAAUAUAUAACGCUAUUCCCCCUUCUACUGAUUUUUCACUCAUAUUACAACCAGUUGUUGGCUGGAGUGUAUCGAUCCCACUAGGAUCAAAUGUGGCCAUAAAAAAGGAAGAAGAAGAAGAAGAUAUAGAAAGACUGAGAGACGACAUAUCCUAUGCAUUGUAGUAAUUUGCAGAGCAGGUCUGUCAUGAAGCACUCGAAAAGAAUUCAUUAACAAAACACGAUUUUUUUAAGCGGAGUUCAUUAUCAUUGUCUCCGCUAUUAGAAUCUUUUGAUAUGUUAUGAAAAUAUCAACGCCCAUCCAUUUAACUUUUGGUCUUGUUGGGAAAUAAGUCAUUUGCUGUCAAAGCAUAAAAAGGAUAAACUCUUAACUAAUGCAGCUAGUUCAGCUAUAAAGAACAGGUUUCAUGUUUGUAUAGUGUUAUUUAUUGUCCAUUACAAACGAUAAAAAUGAAAUGAAAUGUAAUGUGUCACGUACAAAAACAUGUAUUACAUAUAGAAUUAUAAUAUAAAAUUAUAAUAUAGAAUUAAAAGCUGAAUUACAUAAUAUUUUUACUUAUACAUGCGUAUAUACAUUUCUUAUGAAAAUAUCCUGCUGGUAUAAGCUAUAAGUAUUGCGAUACAGAUAAUUUGACACAUAUAGCAUAUAUAACUCUUUAAAAGAUUGAUUUAAUAAACUAUGCACACAUAUUAUGAAAAAUGAAAUAUAAAUGUAACUUCAUUUUCCAAAUAUAAAUUAGUUGAAUUGAAUAGUUUGUACUCUGCAAUAUCAUUCUUAUAAAUUUAUGAAAAUUACACUUGAAAUACAUUAAAUUAAACAUUUUGUAUAUUUCUCUAUCAUUAUCUUAA